CGAUCCAGUCGCUGUUUGCACCUUCCUCAAGUACUCGAGAACAACGCGCGGAACUGUGAUUGCUUCCUUCAUCACGAACCAUUGGACCGACUCGUCGCAUGUUGGAGUCGUGAGCGACCCUUCGUAGUAAUAGUACGAGCGGUCGGCGGGGAGAAAACCAAUCCAUGCGGACGAAGGUAUCCAGUUUCCGGCAUAACGCUGAUGGGAAGGCGGUUGAUCAAAGGCGAUUGGGGGGAGUUGCUCCCCGCGUACGCAAGAACUCCAACAACAAGGUAUUUUUCUGAGUCCGGUCCCGAGGGCGCCACCCGCUCGUGAACGAAGUGAAUCUCCAGCGCGGCUUGGUGCCCGUUGAUGCGGUGCUCGGAGCCGGCUCCGUCGUUUUCGCCCCAGUGCAUGUGAAACUGCGCCAGUUGGUAUUCGCCGAGAUGAGUCCUCGUAGUAAUUGCGGGGCUACCGGGGAACGGAGUAAACUUGAUCGUGUGCCCGUUGUUUUUCAGUUCGCCAUCGACUUCCAAAUCCCAGUUUGUGAAGACAAGAUUUU